AUGUGGCUUCAGGGCGUUGCCCUGAUCCUGCCGCAUGUCCAAUCGCAGUACUCCAUAAGUGAUCAGCACAUCGGAUUUCUAUCAAGCUCUGUGUUUGCGGGGAUGUUUGCUGGGGCCGUGUUUUGGGGUUUUUGGAGCGAUAAGCGUGGCCGAAAAGACGCCUUCAACUACACGCUUGCCAUCAGUGCUGUCUUUGGGUUGGCAGCAGCCGUUGCGCCCGGUUUCACUCCGCUAUGUGCUCUCAUGUUCGCACUAGGGUUCGGAGUUGGCGGCCACAUGCCAGUGGACGGCUGCCUCUUCAUAGAGUUCUGCCCCGUAGAGAAGCGGAGCUACCUGACACUUCUGAGCGUGUUUUUCUCGCUCGGAAGCGUAGUUGCUAGCGGCCUUGGCGUCGCGGUAUUCUGGAAUUGCGGCGACAAAUGUCCUGGAACAUGGCGGUGGCUGGUCGCAAUACUGGGAAUCAUCAGCCUCGUUAUGUUGGCGGGACGCAUCUUCUUCUUCGACCUCAAAGAAUCCCCAAAGUUCCUCCUCUCCCAAAAAGACCACCAAGGCGUGGUCAUCGUCCUCGACCACCUCGUGCGCGCCAACGCCAACAGACCAGAAAGCGAUGACGUGCACUUCACUCUCGACGAGGUUAAGGGCAUGAAAGCCGAAACGAUGGACGGGCUCGAGCAUGCGGGCAAAAGCGGGCUGGAGAUAAUCAGGCAGCUAUGUGUGGAUGAAAAGUAUAGCACGACGACGUUGCUGUUGUUGGCUAUUUGGGCGUUGCUGAAUCUCGGGUUCACGAUGUUCAACGCCUUCAUCGCAAAAUUCAUAGCCUCCAAAGGCCUCGCGACCACCUCCCCCUCCUCAAUCUACAUCGACUGCCUCAUCUACGCCGCCGCCUCCAUCCCCGCCUCCAUCGCCGCCUCCUACCUCAUCGACCUCCCCUUCCUCGGUCGGCGGGGGACCAUGCUCGGCUCAAUGAUGGGCACCGCGUUGAUGUUGACGGCGUUCACGGUGGUGGAGCAACGAGCGGCGGUGUUGAUGUCGAGCGCGGCGAUCAAUGGGAUGGCGAGUGUUGCGUAUGCGGCGCUUUAUACGUAUACGCCGGAGGUGUUUCCGACGGAUGUGAGGACGACGGCGAAUGGGGGGUGUAGUGCUGUUGGGAGGAUAACGGGAAUACUGGCACCCAUGCUAGGCGGCUUCUUCUUCUCCAUCUCACCCAACACGACCAUCUUCUUCAGCGCCGCAACACUGUGCGCCAGCGGGAUCUGCUGCGCGCUGCUGCCGAUCGAAACAAGGCCGGGUGAACCGAGAACUGAAGGGCGAAACACGUAG